UCUCUCUCUCUCCCUCUCUCUCUCUCUCUUUCUCAGUGGGAUCUCUCCACUAUCUUUUGCUACAAAGCUUGUGGGGUUUCGUUUGCUAGAGGGGUCAGGUUUCUUCUCUCUUCCAUUCGGGGCCUGCACAAAGAUCUCUCUCUGCAAGACUGGAUGUUCUAAUGGACGCCAAACGUGGUGAUCGAUCAGGUAGCAACUAUUCCAACUACGAAUCUCCUCCGGUCUACAACGCUGAAGAGAUCCGUCCUCAUGGUGGAAUCAAGAGGUUCAGAUCUGCUGGCUACUCCAAUUGCGCUCGCAAGCCCUCCUGAUGACCACAAGUGACACUCUUCCAGAGCGCACGCGAUUGCAUUACUCGCUCGAUUUGAUCUGCAUACAUACCGUUUCUACUCACUUGUGUGACUGUUUCGUCCGAUAUCCUACCGAAAUGGCAUCGCCUGUCUCUGCAAUUGGAUUCGAGGGAUUCGAAAAGAGGCUUGAGAUCUCAUUCUCUGGGCAUGGAAGACAAGACCUUCGAUCCCUCUCCAUGGCACAACUGGAUACCAUUCUGCGACCAGCUGAGUGCACGAUAGUAGCAGCACUGUCGAACAAGUUUGUGGACACCUAUAUCUUAUCCGAAUCCAGUCUCUUCAUCUACCCUCACAGGAUCAUCAUCAAGACCUGUGGCACCACAAGGUUGCUCCUAUCGAUCCCUCCUCUCCUUCAUCUGGCUGCACAUUUAUCUGUAAGAUACACUCGCGGAGGCUUCAGAUUCCCAGAAGCACAACCGUUCCCUCAUCGCAGCUUCGCGGAGGAGGUUGCGGUCCUCGAUAGGCACUUCACUCGGCUUGGUUGCAGCAGCAAAGCAUACAGUAUGAGUAGCUCGCUGAAGUCUCAGCAAUGGCAUGUGUACUCUGCGACUGCGGCGCGCUCCGACCGACCUCUCUACACUCUCGAAAUGUGCAUGAUGGGUUUGGACCGCAAGCGUGCUGCAGUCUUCUACGGGAAGCAGCACAACACAGCGUCCGAGAUGACCAUUGCUUCCGGGAUCAGUGACAUCCUUCCCGGCUCCCAGAUAUGUGAGUUCCAGUUCGAUCCCUGUGGUUACUCCAUGAAUUCCGUCGAAGGAGCUGCCAUCUCCACCAUCCAUGUGACGCCGGAGGAUGGAUUCAGCUACGCCAGCUUCGAAGCGAUGGGUUAUGAUGCUGAGGUGAUCGACUUGGGCCGGCUGAUUACUCGGGUUUUGGCGUGCUUCAGACCCGCCGAGUUCUCGAUCGCGGUCGAAACAGAUGGCGUCGGUGAGGGAUCGCCACGGGGAGCUGCGUUGGAUGUGAGUGGGUAUGUCAGCGGAGAGAGAAGGUACAAGGAGAUGGGAAGAGGCAGUGUGGUGUAUCAGAGUUUCAAGGCAUGUGACUGUGAAUCUCCGACAUCAAUUCUGAAGAAUUUGUGGGAUGAUAUGGAUCCUCACAGGUCUAAUUUGUAGAGGUACGUGGGUGAUUCAACAGAGUUUUAGAUGUAUUGUGGUAUCUUUCUCUCUCUCCCUCUCUCUCUCUCUCUCUCUCUCUCUCUCAGGUACGUGGGUGAUCCGAAAGAGUUUUAGAUGUAUUGUGGUCUCUCUCUCUCUCUCUCUCUCUCUCUCUCUUGCAAGCAACACCCUAAAAUUUAAUGGGGGCUAUUCAAUCAACCCACCUUGUGGUUUCCAAACAUACAA